CUUCUUCUCUACCACUUCUCUACUACUUCUCUUCUCUCCUCUACUUCUAUCUCUAUCUCCAUCUCUUUACCCACUCUAUUUCUGUCACUGUAUCUUUCUCUUACCUUUUUUCUUACCUCGAUUACAUCGGAGUUGCUGGAAACCACCAUCAUCCCCGUCGCCAUCCUCACCUCAGCGAAUUCUCAUCAUCGGCGGUUGCGACGAGUCCGGGAUAUUACACUCCUCACCUUCACCCAACUCCAUCAACUUAAAUUUCUUUUUAUUUUCUUCAAUUAAUUAAUCUCAAUGGCUGCAGCAGUUAGCUCUGCGAAGGAGGUUCUUCCUCCUCCUCUAACCUCUGAAUCAGAACCACCUAAUCUCUUUGAUGGAACCACCAGGUUGUACAUAUCUUAUACAUGCCCAUAUGCGCAGCGCACCUGGAUUGCGAGGAACUAUAAGGGACUGCAGGAGAAGAUAAAGUUAGUUCCAAUUGAUCUGCAAAAUAGGCCAGCAUGGUACAAGGAGAAAGUUUACUCUACUAACAAGGUACCUUCCUUGGAGCACAAUAAUGAGGUCAAAGGAGAGAGUCUGGAUUUGAUCAAGUAUAUCGAUAGCCAUUUCGAAGGCCCUAAAUUGCUCCCUGAUGAUCCUGAAAAGCGGCAAUUUGCUGAGGAACUGCUGUCUUAUACUGAUACAUUCAACAAAGAAGUAUUCACAGCAUCACGCUCUGAGGGAGAAGUCGAUGACAAAGUUGCUCCUGAAUGGGACAAAAUAGAAGAUGCCCUUUCGAAAUUCGAUGAUGGUCCUUUUUUCCUUGGCCAAUUUAGCCUGGUGGAUAUAGCAUACGCUCCGUUUAUUGAAAGGUUCCAGCUUUUCCUUGCGGAGGCAAAGAACUAUGACAUCACCAAAGGCAGGCCAAAGCUAAAAUUAUGGAUUGAGGAGUUGAACAAGAUUGAUGCCUACACGCAAACGAAACGAGACCCUCAAGAACUACUUGCUCAUGCUAAGAAGCUGGGUUUGAUUGCGUGAAGACUCCUCUCUCUCUUUCUCAGAAUACUCUUUGGUUUCUGCAGAUAUCGCGCAUAUGAUUACGAAUAAAGCGACAGUCACUGUUAGUCCUUGAUUCUGCCCUGAUUCGGUCGACUUUACGCGCGGAUCAAGCAAUAAACAGCAGCUGUUACUUAUGCUAUAUAUACUAGUUUCUUCUUGUAUUGUCUUAUUAUACCUUCUUAAACUAGUAAUGUAAUAAAUACUUGGUUUGGAUUCCAGUGUGUUGUUGACAUUAUAAAAUGAUUCUCUAUGUUAAUGUUUUUUGUCCUUAUAAAAUUUGCUAAUAUUGUGGUUGA